UUUGGAAGUGAAACACUUGACUUUUGCGACAUGAUGACGAAGGGUGUGCACAUAAAUCUAUGACGUAGUAAGCACUUCCGGUUAAAGAAUCGGCAGUUGAACCGUUUACUAAGAAACAUGACAACGAAAACACUCCAGCUGCGCUGUACAUCUAAGGCUGGCCAGCAGGUACUUACAGGCCUAACACUGUCAUCCAGUGUUGGCGAAAUGAUAACCAAGAUAUCUGAACUGACUAAAAUCAAGAGGGACUGGAUCAAGAUUAGGACAGGUUAUCCUCCUAAAGUUGUUGAAUUGUGUGAUGAAAACAAAUUAUUGACCAGUCUCCCAUUCAGGUCGGGCGACACUAUCAUUGUAGAAGAGGACAGAAGUCUUGAAUGUGAAAAUAAACAGAAGCGAAUCGACAAUGUUCUUCAGUCACAGAGCCUACAGAGGCAAGGCAUGUUGAUGAGGAAGGUUGUGCCAGCUGACAACUCGUGUCUGUUUACCAGUAUAUACUCCCUGAUGAAUGACGGAGAGCUGGAUCUGUCCUGUUCCCCCAUGAUGAGGGAGUUGAUAGCAGGUGUAGUCCUUAGUGAUCCACAAACAUUUAAUGAAGCAUUUCUUGGCAGGUCUAAUUCAAACUAUUGUAAAUGGAUCAUGGACAAGGAGUCCUGGGGUGGGGGUAUAGAAAUCGCAAUCUUGUCUAAAUAUUACGGUGUAGAAAUAGAUGUGGUGGAUACUCAGAGUGGUAGAAUUGAUCGGUUUGGUGAAGAUCAAAAUUACCCUGAAAGAAUUCUCGUUAUUUAUGAUGGGAUUCAUUAUGAUCCACUGGUGUUAGAACCCCUCAUUCCAGGUGAAAAUGUUACCACAAUCUUCUCAACUAAAGAUGCAUCAAUCCUGGCCCAGGCUAUGGAAAUAGCAGACGAAGCUAAAGCAUCACGUCAAUUCACGGAUGUGUCAUCCUUUACGCUUAAGUGUUUGAUCUGUCAGAAACAACUUACUGGACAGUCUGAUGCACAACUACAUGCCAAAACUACAGGACAUAUAAACUUUGGAGAGGUUUAAAGCUGUGCAAUACUUUUUUCAUAUGAUGAUUAGAGAUAAAUCAAAAGUGAUAUUAUUAAUAUAAGCAUUGAACAGAUAUGUUAUCCAAUAACUUACAUAGUGUACUGUAUUACAGAUAUGUUACCCAAUAACUUACAUAGUGUUCUAUAUUAUUGUUUGCCAUAUGGUCAAGUCAUAAUACAGACAUUUUGAUUUGAUUUUGAAAAUAAAAAGUUAGUUUAUUUAUAUUUUGUGUUAAAUAAACAGGAAACUUCGUGUUGGGAAGUGCUCUGAAGUUUGGUACAUAUUGUUUAUGUAUUGCCUGUAUGAAGAACGAUCUGAUGAAUAUUAUUAUAUAUAUAA